AUGUCUCAAGACGGAUACACUAGCGACGAUGUUGCGAGUCUGCCGGUCCCUCUAGCAGUCUUCAACCACGAACCUCUGCCGCCAAAUCUCAUAGCCAACGUUAAGAAAGACCACUCCUUCCAUCUUUAUGGCACACUCGAUAUUCCCCAACUGGCGAAGUCGGCCACAGACUUCAUCGGUUCGAACGCAAAGGUCAACCAUGAGUUGCUGGAGGACGUGAUCGUCCGCUUCCUGCAUCAGGCCCAAGACGACUGCAAGUCAAACGCCGCACCAGCCGAUGCGGCCACCAUCACGCAGUCCUGCUGGCUACGCAUACGCAUGACCCUACCAUGCGACGACUGGGUCGAGCCGCGCUGGCACAACGACGGACGCAUGUUCGACUGCAGCUGCAGCGAGCCCCGCGUACCACACUCGAAUCCGUACGUUCGCCAAGUCAGGAGUGAGAAAUAUUGGAGAGAACGCUCCGAAGUCGCCGCCCGGUUUGCCGGCUGCGACGAGGUCAAUGUUGAGAGGGGGCAGGUUAUCCGGUUUAGUUGGGGCCAGGACGAUUCGCCAAUUCACUCGGAGCCUGACUGCACGUCCGACGAGCGGGUCUUCAUGAGCGUGCUUUUCGGGAAGAAGGAUGAGUUGCGUGAUAUGUGUCGCAUUAGGGAGAUGGUUUACGAUCAGGUGUGGCUGUAUCCCUGA